AAGACAGUUUGUGUCAAUCAAAGCUGAGCCCCCUCCCCUUCUCUUCUCUCUCUCUCUCUCUCUCUCUCACUCUCUCUCUCUCGAUCUCCUCCACUUGUGUAGGCGCUCUUAAAGCAGAGCAUUUACGCACGGCAGUCAGUCGUUAACGGGCUGCCUGAUAUCGGCGCUCCUCUGUCUACUGGCUGUUAAAUCUCCACCUUAAAGAGAGAAGAUUAGGGGAGAAGUGGGCAUAGUGGGAGGGAGGUGAGGACAACAGGGGAGGCGAGAGUAAGAGAAAAAGAAGAGCCAUGAAAAGGGGGAGGAGAGCGAAUCGUUCCGGCUGCCCGCAUCAACUGCUGUAGUGGAGGGUUGAGAGAGAGAGAGAGAGAGAGAGAGAGAGAGAGAGAGAGAGAGAGAGAGGGGAGAUGGCACAACGCUUCAGCAUCCAAAAGACACGGGAAUGGUGCGCCGCCGAGACCGGAACCCUGGACCCACCCAAAGCAGCAUCACACUCACCGCUCUCCCGUCGAGCCUCUUCCCCGAGCGGCAGCGCCUCAGCCUCGGUAAGAGAGGUUGGAUAAGCCCUAAGGAUGCAAGUUGUUUUCAAUCAGCUCUGUAGUUACCAGCUGUGCCCUCACAUUCCCCAGGGUGGCACAACCUAGGCAUUAAUCACCGCUCGCUCCAUCUCUUCAUGUGAUUCCUCUGUGAGGACUGGAAGGAGACUACUUUGACCACUUUUACUCAAUGAAGACCUUUGUUCCCCAACAUUCGGCACAGUUCCAUUCUCCACCUGCCAUGGUGACAUGACGCACCCCUGAGUGGCAUUUCUCCUUUCUCACACACAUAGACAAUCUCUCGGACUCCUCAAACCUCAAAACUCACACACAAAAUCUCCAGCAGUAUCCAGCAGGCUAAAAACAGACAUCUCCUCCCACUAGACAUACAACUCCCCGCUUCACGAUGACGGUGGCCGUGCGAUUCCGUCGCCACCUGCGUAGGCUCUUGCUCCUGCUGGCCUCCUGCUGUCUCCUCUCCCUCCUCCUCUCGGCUUACUUUCUUUUUACAAACUCUUCUCCAUCCAUGCAGCUCGGACAAUCCCCCGAACCCGCCUGCUCCCAGCCUCUCUCCAUGUCCACGUACCAUCAGCUCCCCUACCCGUACCCUCCCAACCCCCCUCACACACAUGUCCACACUGACCCGGUAGUACUGGUGCUGGUGGAGUCCCAGUAUUCCCAGCUGGGUCAGGACAUUGUGGCUAUAUUGGAGUCAGCACACUUCCAGUUCCGAAUGGAGAUCGCCUCAGGGAAGGGCGACCUUCCGCCACUGACAGAAAAAGGCCGCGGCCGAUAUUCACUCAUCAUUUAUGAGAAUCUUUUAAAGUAUGCACAUGCAGACACAUGGAACAGACAGCUGUUGCAUCAAUACUGCAGUGAGUACAGAGUGGGCAUCAUAGGCUUCUACCGCUCCAAUGAGAACUCCCCACCUCUCCUCAAACUCCGAGGCCUCCCGCUGGUGCUCAGGACCAACCAGGCACUUUGGGACUGCUGUGUGGUGUCCAGCUCACCUCUGCUCCACCUGACCAAGCCCGGCACAGAUCGCGGGGCAUUACCUGGGGAGGACUGGACCUCCUUUUCUUCAAAUCACUCCACUUACCAGGCUGUGCUGCAUGCACGGGCCAAGGAGGGAGCAGGGGCAGGCAGCGGAGAUAAUGCAGGGCCUGGCUUCAGUUUAGGCCUCCAGGCCACUGUGGUACAGGACAUGGGACUCUAUGAUGGGGUGAGGAGAGUACUAUUUGGCCAAGGACUGGGCUACUGGCUACACAGACUCAUCCUGGUGGAUGCCAUCUCCUACCUCACAGACAGGAAGCUUACUUUGGGUCUGGACCGGCACAUACUGGUGGAUAUAGAUGACAUUUUUGUGGGAAAGGAAGGAACACGCAUGAACGCCAAGGAUGUGAAGGCUCUCCUUGACACGCAGAGACAGCUGCGUUCUCAGAUCUCCAACUUUACCUUCAACCUGGGCUUCUCUGGGAAGUUCUACCACACAGGCACAGCCGAGGAGGACGAAGGAGACGAUUUACUGUUGAAGUAUGUGGAUGAGUUCUGGUGGUUCCCCCACAUGUGGAGCCACAUGCAGCCUCACCUUUUCCACAACGAGUCCUCACUGCUGGAGCAGAUGGUCCUCAACAAGGAGUUCGCUCUGGAGCACAACAUCCCAGUGGACAUGGGCUACGCCGUGGCCCCUCACCAUUCAGGUGUCUACCCGGUUCAUCUGCAGCUCUACAAGGCUUGGAGACGUGUGUGGAACAUCCAGGUUACCAGCACUGAAGAGUACCCCCAUCUGAAACCUGCCCGCUACCGUAAGGGCUUCAUCCACAACAACAUCAUGGUGCUGCCUCGCCAGACGUGUGGCUUGUUUACUCACACCAUCUACUAUAAGGAAUACCCCGGUGGACCUAAAGAACUGGACAAAAGCAUCCGGGGGGGAGAGCUUUUUCUCACUGUGCUACUCAACCCAAUCAGUAUAUUCAUGACCCACCUGUCUAACUACGGCAAUGAUCGACUGGGUCUCUACACAUUUGUCCACCUGGCCUCCUUCCUUCGCUCGUGGACAAAUCUGAAACUCCACACGCUCCCACCCCUGCAGCUUGCACACAAGUAUUUCCAGCUUUUUCCCGAACAAAGGAAUCCACUCUGGCAGAAUCCGUGCGAUGACAAGCGGCAUAAAGACAUCUGGUCUAAAGAGAAAACCUGUGACAGGUUACCUAAGUUCAUGGUCAUUGGACCACAGAAAACAGGAACGACAGCUCUUUAUCUCUUCCUACUCAUGCAUCCCUCCAUCUCCAGUAACUUCCCCAGUCCAAAGACUUAUGAGGAGGUUCAGUUCUUCAACACCAAUAACUACCACAAAGGAAUUGACUGGUACAUGGAGUUUUUCCCUGUGCCCUCUAAUGUUACCACGGACUUCCUGUUUGAGAAGAGCGCUAACUACUUCCCGUCAGAGGAGUCCCCACGGCGAGCAGCUGCCCUGCUGCCAAAGGCCAAGAUCAUCACCCUGCUCAUCAACCCAUCUGACAGAGCCUACAGCUGGUAUCAGCAUCAAAGAGCUCACGAGGACCACGCAGCUCUGCAGUUCACCUUCUAUGAUGUCAUCAGUGCGAGACCGGGAGCACCAGCUGAGCUCCGAUCCCUCCAGAGCCGCUGCCUCAUCCCCGGUCUCUACUCGACGCACCUAGAGAGGUGGCUCACUUACUACCCUGCUAACCAGGUGAUGAUCAUAGAUGGCCAUCAGUUGAGAACUGACCCUGCAGCAGUGAUGGAUGAAGUGCAGAAGUUCCUGGGAGUCACUCCUCACUUCAACUACUCCCAGGCACUCACGUUUGACCCUCAAAAGGGCUUUUGGUGCCAACUCCUUGAGGGAGGAAAGACAAAAUGUUUGGGAAAGAGCAAAGGGAGAAAGUACCCUCCUAUGGAACCAGAGGCACAUGCAUAUCUCUCCAGGUACUACAGGGAACACAACGUGGAGCUGUCAAAGCUGCUGCAUCGCCUCGGACAGCCGCUUCCCUCCUGGCUAAGAGAGGAGCUUCAGAAGAUAACCUUUGCAUCCAUGAACCAGGGUUAAAGGUCAAGGGGGUUGAAGACCAGGAUGUAACCAGGAGCACCUGACCUUCAGAUGCACUGAGGUGAAAGCAAGGACGGGGUCCCUUGUUUCACUGAGGAGCUGUGACACUGCUGAAGGGAGCAGAGGUCAUGAAAGUGCAGAGAAACUUUGAUGGGCUGAGAGUGAACUUUUGAAAAGAUGGAUGGAUGGAUGAAUGGAUGAAUGAAUGAAGGGAUGGAUGGAGAAAUGACUCAGACAGCCUUGAAGAAAGGGGGACUCAACAGGAAGAAGCACAGGACUAUGGAAGACACGGUGCAUUUGCCAAGUCUUUGAUGGCCAAACCCUGUUCUGAACUGUGGUGAACUCUUGUGCAGACCUGCAGUGACUUUGGUGGCUAUUACUACUAUCAUCAUCAUUAUUAUUAUUAUCAUUUUAUUUUCACCUUUGAUUUAUGAUGCCAGAACAGCGCUGGUCAGCUGUACGGUUCCUUUAGAGAUGACUUUGCACAAGUUCUGUUUCAUGUAUCUCCAAGACAAAAAAAAAAUGCACCCUGUGUCUUGGUCUUACCUUUUUUCUUUUUGUUUGUUUUGGUUUUUUUUAUCACAGUAAGAAUGAAAAAGUAGGAAGGGUAAGUGCAUAGACUCAGGGUGACUGACAGGCUCAUACUUUCCAUUAUAGCUCCUUAUUGUUUUGUAGGUUAACUUGAAGCUAAUUUCUGGUAGAUCUGCUACCCUUGUUCACCCUUCAAGAUGUCACUUGAGGUUUUCCCUGGAAAGUACAGACUGGAAAUGAAUUACUUAGCCAAGAUGGAUUGCCUGCUCGUUGUGACAAGCCAUGAAGGAGAACGCUGUGCCUGUUUAACAGAGAAUGAGUGCUGAUGAUUUCAUUGCCCAGGACGGAGGAGAUGUGGGUUUGUGGGAAGGAAAACUGACCAAAAUGAGCCUAAUGGAUAUGACACUUAAUUCCAAAACCCUUUAAGUAGCUUCUGUAACUGCAAACAAUUUUUUAUUUUAUUUUAUUUUUUUUGGUCUCAUUUAAAUCUCAACCUCUUUUUUUUUUCUUUUUAAAACCAGUGGCCUACGUUGUUAAACUUCAGUUUGCAAAAAAAAAAAAAAAACCCUUAAAUGUCGAACACAGAAACCAAAAUUAAAGAAACCAAUAUGACUGACAACAUAA